AUGGGGAAGGAGCAGGAGCUGGUGCAGGCGGUGAAGGCGGAGGACGUGGGGACCGCGCAGAGGCUGCUGCAGAGGCCGCGGCCCGGGAAGGCCAAGCUCCUGGGCUCCACCAAGAAGAUCAAUGUCAACUUCCAGGACCCAGAUGGCUUCUCUGCCCUGCACCACGCGGCCCUCAAUGGCAACACGGAGCUGAUCACGCUGCUGCUGGAAGCCCAGGCCGCUGUGGACAUCAAGGACAACAAAGGCAUGCGGCCAUUGCACUAUGCGGCCUGGCAGGGCCGGAAGGAGCCCAUGAAGCUGGUGCUGAAGGCAGGCUCUGCCGUGAACAUCCCGUCUGACGAGGGCCACAUUCCUCUGCAUCUGGCGGCCCAGCAUGGUCACUACGACGUGUCGGAGAUGCUGCUGCAGCACCAGUCCAACCCGUGCAUGGUGGACAACUCGGGGAAGACGCCCUUGGACCUGGCCUGUGAGUUUGGCCGCGUGGGGGUAGUCCAGCUGCUCCUAAGCAGCAACAUGUGUGCGGCGCUGCUGGAACCCCGGCCAGGGGAUGCCACUGACCCCAACGGCACCAGUCCCCUACACCUGGCAGCCAAGAAUGGCCACAUCGAUAUCAUCAGGCUUCUCCUCCAAGCCGGCAUCGACAUUAACCGCCAGACCAAGUCGGGCACAGCCCUGCACGAGGCCGCGCUCUGUGGGAAGACAGAAGUGGUCCGGCUGCUGCUGGACAGCGGGAUCAACGCCCACAUGAGGAACACCUACAGCCAGACGGCCCUGGACAUCGUGCACCAGUUUACCACGUCCCAGGCCAGCAAGGAGAUCAAGCAGCUGUUGCGAGAGGCCUCGGCAGCCCUGCAGGUCCGGGCGACCAAGGAUUACUGCAACAAUUACGACCUGACCAGCCUCAACGUGAAGGCCGGUGACAUCAUCACAGUCCUCGAGCAGCAUCCAGAUGGCCGGUGGAAGGGCUGUAUCCAUGACAACCGGACGGGCAAUGACCGGGUGGGCUACUUCCCGUCCUCCCUGGGCGAGGCCAUUGUCAAGCGAGCAGGUUCUCGAGCAGGCACCGAACCCAGCCCACCCCAGGGAGGCGGCUCUUUGGGGCCCUCUGCACCCCCAGAGGAGAUCUGGGUGCUAAGGAAGCCUUUUGCAGGUGGUGACCGAAGCGGCAGCGUGAGCAAUGUGGCCAGCGGCCGGAGCAGCGGGGGCCAUGCCUUGCAUCCAGGCUCCGAGGGAGUCAAGCUCCUGGCAACAGUGCUUUCCCAGAAGUCCGUGUCCGAGUCCAGCCCUGGGGACAGCCCCGCCAAGCCUCCAGAGGGCUCGGCAGGUGCGGCCCGGUCCCAGCCCCCAGUGGCCCACACCGGGCAGGUCCACGGAGAUCAGCCACCAAAGAAGCUGGAGCCGGCAUCAGAGGGCAAGAGCGCCGAGGCCGUCAGCCAGUGGCUCGCCACGUUCCAGCUGCAGCUCUACACCCCCAACUUCGUCAGCGCCGGCUACGACCUGCCCACCAUCAGCCGCAUGACCCCCGAGGACCUCACAGCCAUCGGUGUCACCAAGCCGGGCCACCGGAAGAAGAUCACAGCAGAGAUCAGUGGCCUGAGUGUGCCCGACUGGCUGCCUGAGCACAAGCCCGCUAACCUGGCCGUGUGGCUGUCCAUGAUUGGCCUGGCCCAGUACUACAAAGUGCUGGUGGAAAACGGCUACGAGAACAUCGACUUCAUCACCGACAUCACCUGGGAGGACCUGCAGGAGAUCGGCAUCACCAAGCUGGGACACCAGAAGAAGCUGAUGCUGGCAGUGAGGAAACUGGCGGAGCUGCAGAAGGCAGAAUACGCCAAGUACGAGGGGGGACCCUUGCGCCGGAAGGCACCCCAGUCACUGGAAGUGAUGGCCAUUGAGUCACCACCCCCGCCUGAGCCUGCACCAGCUGACUGCCAGUCCCCUAAGAUGACCACCUUCCAGGACAGUGAGCUUAGCGGCGAGCUGCAGGCUGCCAUGACUGGCCCGGCCGAGGGGGCCACUGCUGCUGCUGCCGAAAAACCCCCAAACCACCUGCCGCCCACCCCGAGGGCCACUGUGCGGCAGGAGCCCAGCCUGGGGGGGCGGGCACGGCACAUGAGCAGCUCCCAGGAGCUGCUGGGUGACGGGCCCCCUGGGCCAGGCAGCCCCAUGUCUCGAAGCCAGGAGUACCUGCUGGAUGAGGGGCCAGCCCCUGGCACCCCGCCCAAGGAGGCCCGGCCUGGCCGCCAUGGUCACAGUGUCAAGAGAGCCAGUGUGCCCCCAGUGCCUGGCAAGCCACGGCAGGUCCUCCUGCCAGGCGCCAGCCACUUCACACCCCCGCAGACGCCCACCAAAGCCCGGCCAGGCUCUCCCCAGGCCCUCGGGGGACCUCAUGGUCCAGUCCCAGCCACGGCCAAGGUGAAGCCCACCCCACAGCUGCUGCCACCCACGGAGCGACCCAUGUCACCUCGCUCCCUGCCACAAUCACCCACGCACCGUGGCUUUGCCUAUGUGCUGCCCCAGCCUGUGGAGGGCGAGGUGGGGCCAGCUGCCCCAGGGCCUGCACCCCCGCCUGUGCCUGCAGCUGUGCCAACACUAUGCCUGCCCCCCGAGUCUGACGCCGAGCCAGGGCGGCCCAAGAAGCGUGCCCACAGCCUGAAUCGCUACGCAGCGUCUGACAGCGAGCCCGAGCGGGACGAGCUGCUGGUGCCCGCCGCCACAGGGCCGUACGCCACGGUCCAGCGGCGUGUGGGCCGCAGCCACUCGGUGAGGGCACCCGCUGGCACCGACAAGAACGUCAACCGCAGCCAGUCAUUCGCUGUGCGGCCCCGCAAGAAGGGGCCCCCACCGCCCCCACCCAAGCGCUCCAGCUCAGCCAUGGCCAGUGCCAACCUGGCCGAUGAGCAGGUGCCGGACGCCGAGGCCGAAGACAGCCUGCUGGGGGUCCGGGCACAGCGCCGGCGGGCUAGCGACCUAGCUGGCAGCGUGGACACGGGCAGUGCCGGCAGUGUGAAGAGCAUCGCGGCCAUGCUUGAGCUGUCCUCCAUUGGGGGUGGGGGCCGGGCUGCCCGCAGGCCUCCCGAGGGCCACCCCACGCCUCGGCCUGCCAGUCCAGAGCCAGGCCGGGUGGCCACGGUGCUGGCCUCCGUGAAGCAUAAAGAGGCCAUUGGGCCUGAUGGGGAGGUGGUGAACCGGCGCCGCACGCUCAGCGGGCCGGUCACUGGACUUCUGGCCACUGCCCGUCGGGGGCCUGGGGAGUCGGCAGAUCAAGGCCACUUCGUGGAGGACGGUGCUGGCCGGCAGCGGCCUCGAGGUCCAGUUAAGGGUGACGCAAGUGUUGAGGGCCCACCCCUGGCUAGGGUGGAGGCCAGUGCCACACUCAAGAGGCGCAUCCGGGCCAAGCAGAGCCAGCAGGAGAACGUCAAGUUUAUCCUGACCGAGUCUGACACAGUCAAGCGCAGGCCCAAGGCCAAGGAGCGGGAGGCUGGGCCUGAGCCGCCCCCACCACUGUCUGUGUACCAGAAUGGCACGGGCACUGCACGCCGCCUGCCGGCCUCGGAGCAGGCUGGGCCUCUGGAGCUGCCCCCGCCGCCCCCACCUGCGGAGCCACCGCCCAUGGACCUGGUGCACCUGCCCCCACUGCCCCCACCGGAGAGUGAUGCCCGGAAGCCUGCCAAGCCUCCUGUCUCUCCCAAGCCUGUCCUGGCUCAGCCCGUGCCCAAGAUCCAGGGUUCGCCCACACCCACCUCCAAGAAGGUGCCGCUGCCAGGCCCUGGCAGCCCAGAGGUGAAGCGCGCCCACGGCACGCCGCCGCCCGUGUCUCCCAAGCCGCCGCCGCCGCCCACGGCGCCCAAGCCGGCCAAGGUAGCGGCGGGGCUGCCGGCAGGCAGCGCCAGCCCGUCGCCCGCGCCCUCGCCGGCGCGCCAGCCCCCGGAGAAGAGCACCGGCAGCAUCCUGGACGACAUCGGCAGCAUGUUCGACGACCUGGCCGACCAGCUGGACGCCAUGCUGGAGUGA